AUGUCACCGCUGUUACCGUUGCCAGAGCUCAACCAAACUUUCUCUGACAUACCUUCUUCCCUCCACUGGCUAGUCUCUAGACAGAACACAACCCCAAAUCACUUUCUUGCCAUCCACGAAUUAUGUCACCUCACCAUCGGUUUACUAUGCGGAGGUCAAGUUUGGUCAAUCUGUAUAGAUCCAAAUGAUGGAGGAGCUACCACUAUUUCCGGUCUGAUGCGGACGACUCCCAGGGUUCCUAACAAUCCUUAUGCUUUACCGACGAUGGCACAACUGUAUUGGAGUGCGUCAGCCGUGGCGACUUUGUCUGCUGGAUAUGUUGGAUCGUCUAUCGUGGGAUGGUUAUUUAUUGUGAGUGGUCUCGACAUUGUGGCGUCCAAGAUCGCCGCUUUAGUUAUACAUAUUGGGAUGUUGGUCCCUAUCCUCCGAGCGGAUUCUUGGGUGGCGUUUGGAAGUAUAAUUAUCUGUGAAGCCGUAUUGAUCGGUCUAUGGUUCGGCGAUCAUGGCAGUGCAUUGCGGUAUUAUGUUCUCUUCCUCGGAGUGAUGAACCUAUUCUACAGCGUGUGGGAUUAUGUAGAUGAGGCUUUGUACGACAAGCGGAAUUCAAGUGACUGCUCACAGUUCAGUCAUCUUCUCGGGUGGCCCAGAGCUGGUGAGUCGGGGUCACGGAGGUGUCCGAGAAACUGA